AAUAAUCAACAAAAGUUGAUGGUGUUGGAGAGGUACAGAAAAAUAAACACAAAUGGCUUUGAAUAUAAGCUACAGUAGACUUUCAGCUCACCGGUUAUCAUCCCCGUUUCCGUCAUCACCAAAAUCGAAACAACAUCUCCAAUUCCUCCUAUCCAAUUCUCAUCUUGUUGUCACUUCCAAUUCCCCUCCUUCAAUUUCAAGGAAAUCACAUCGGAAUUUUCUUGUAAUGGGUUCUUCUACGUCGUCUUUUCAAAAUCCAGAUAACAGUGUUCAAGAGACAGGCAGGGGAGAUUAUUCUUCCGUAAGUGAUGCAGAGUGGAAGAAGCGUCUCACUAGUGAGCAGUUCUACGUAACUCGCAAGAAGGGAACUGAGAGGGCUUUUACAGGGGAGUAUUGGAACACAAAAUCCGCAGGAACUUAUCACUGCAUCUGUUGUGACACGCCUUUGUUCGAAUCAUCCACGAAAUUUGACAGCGGAACUGGUUGGCCAUCAUACUAUCAACCCAUAGGAAAUAACGUGAAAUCGAAAUUAGACUUGUCGAUUAUAUUCAUGCCUAGGCAGGAAGUUCUUUGUGAUGUGUGCGAUGCCCAUCUUGGUCAUAUUUUUGAUGAUGGCCCUCCACCUACCGGAAAACGUUACUGCAUUAACAGUGCCUCUCUGAAACUGAAAUCAAAAUAGUUCCAAGUGUUGUCAUUACGUACCAGAAGUUUAAAGUCCUGAAUCAAUUUCCUUCUAGUGAGCAAGUUGUUCCUGUACUAAAUUUGGCAAGUUGAUAGAAGAAGCUCUCUCUCAUGAUUUUUUUGGUAGUUUCCUUAUUCUCAGAUCACUGUUUGCACUUCUUCUAACAAAAAUGUAUAUUUAGACUGUUUGGAAACGAUGCAUAAACAUGGUAAGAUGAAAAAAUAAAUAAAAGAAUUCUAUCUUAUAAAUAAGAGUAUAUUGUCAGA